AGAAAUAUGGCGGCUCAGACUUUUACAUAUCGACAACUGGCAAAGGCGACAAAAAAUUUCAGAUCAGAAUCCAUGAUCGGGCAAGGUGGAUUCGGGGCUGUAUAUAAAGGAAUAUUAGAAAGUAGUGGUCAGGUUGUAGCUAUUAAGAAACUUGACAAGACUGGUCUCCAAGGAGAAAAGGAGUUCCUUGUGGAGUUCCUCAUGCUUUCACUUUUGCAUCACCCCAAUCUUGUCAAUUUGAUUGGUUACUGUGCCGAAGGGGAUCAGCGCCUACUUGUCUACGAGUACAUGCCACAGGGAUCCUUGGAAGAUCACCUCCAUUAUCUUACAUCUGAUCAGAAACCUUUGGACUGGAACACAAGAAUGAAAAUAGCUGUUGGUGCAGCCCAAGGGUUGGAAUAUCUUCACCGUGGAGCCAGUCCUCCUGUUAUAUAUAGAGAUUUAAAAUCAUCUAACAUACUAUUAGGUGAGGGCUUCAUCCCAAAACUCUCUGAUUUUGGGUUUGCAAAAUUUGGUCCAAGCGGAGAUAAAUCAUAUGUUUCCACCAGGGUCAUGGGAACCCAUGGUUACUGUGCACCCGAGUACCUGGCUAGUGGAAAAUUGACUACCAAGUCUGACAUCUUUAGUUUUGGGGUAGUCCUAUUGGAGCUCAUAACUGGACGUAAAGCUUUCGAUGAGAGCCGUGGUCGUGAAGAACGAUUCCUUGUUGAUUGGGUACGACCGUUUAAAGAUGAAAUGAACAUUACGAACUUAGCAGAUCCACUGCUGAGAGGUCACUUUUCAAAACCUACCUUGAAGAAGGCUCUAGAAGUGGCCUUGAUGUGCAUCGAAGAAAAUGCUAAUUCCAGACCCUCUAUUUGUGAUGUAGUGCUUGCUCUGGAUUAUUUUAAUACCCAUCCAUACGACUCAAACGAAGCCAAAAGGGAUAACCCCGAAGGGCUUGAGAACAAUGGCUCUCCAAACAAAACGACUAGGAUGUUAGACGUUGAUUCCGAAAGAGAACGAGCUGUUGCCGAGGCCAAGAUGUGGGGAGAGAGUUGGAGAGGGAAAAAAGGACCAGUAGGAUAGAGUGCAGAAAAAAAGAAUCAUGUGGUGAAAUUCUACUUUCUUAAUUCAUAUGUACUAGGUAGCAUGUUGUUGAGUCACUGAAAUCAAGAAUCAAGA